AUGAAGUUUUUAGCCAGUCAUAUGGUCGAGUACACCAUCAAACCGCUGAUGAGGAACAAGAAGCUUUACCAGUUAUCAAUUUAUAGGAAAAAAAGGGGGAAUAAGAAAUUGGUGUUCCAUCUACGAGAUUCAUACACUCAACUCCCUAAUAGUCUAGAAACAUUGGCUAAGACUUUAUGUCCGCACUUAGGUUCAAAAGGCUCAAUAGCACAUGACGAAGUUCAAGUGUCUUCUCUUCAGGAGAAUAGAGCCCAAUUGUUGGAUUAUAUGGAGCUGGAUAUCAGUCUUUUAGGUGAUGUGAUGCUUCGGGCUAAAUCAAUUUAUUGGACUAGAUACAAUGUGGAUAUCGGGGUAUGUUUGACAUUGUCAUCGCUAGCUAAAAAAAUAUAUCGAAUGAAGUAUUUGCAAAAUAUGAAUGAAAAUGAGAUUCACGAAGGGAUUUGUGGCAGCCAUCAAGGAGCCAGAACCUUAGCUAAGCGAGUCCUACGAGAUGGGUUUUAUUGGCUGGCCUACUUUGCGAGCAGAAGCGUAAUAUUUAGUGAGUCUCAGUUUGAAAAGUGCCAGUACCACAGUCGUAUGACUCACAGACCUCCGACAACCUUGACGAGUAUAGUGACCUGA